UCUGUGCCCGGCAGACAUGGCGGCGCACAGGACGGUCAUGCCGCUGCUUAGCCGGCUUAUAUGUCGGCUCUCGGGGCAGCAGGUCCGUCCGCGGUCCGCGGGGAGAUACUGGCCACAGCCGCUGGGAGGUGCGGAGGAGCCGAGAGGGGUGUGUGACCGGGAGAUGGGCAGAGGAUCCGUCGAUCUAUUGAAGGAAUUUCCAGAGCCGAAGAAUUUACUGCAUAACGUGAUGAGCCGAGCGCUGGGGGCCGCGGGGGGCCGAGACGCCGUGCUGUACAUCCACAACGACCACGCGAAGGAAAAUAGGGUGACGCUGCGGGUAAAAUGGCCGAAAUACAUCGAGGUCGAAGGAUACGGGCAGAAAAAGAUCGAUGCCGAGCGGCAGGCGGCUGCCAUGGCCUGCAAGAUACUCCAGGAUUUAGGCUUUUUGGGCCCCGGAAACGAGCUGCUAAAGCAGCAGAGAUACAGAGCGCUGGCCGAUCGGUCCUGCACCGAGGAUGAAGCUGCAGCUUCCCGCAUCAGGGGAGAAAGCGGCGGCUACCGGACAGACGCCGAGGAAUCGGAAGGGGCGGUCGGGGGGAAGCUUUAUCCACCCCGCGCGCGGAAGGAGGGCAGGAGGUCCGGCAGGGACUACAGGUUUCCGUUGGUCGAUGCGGCUGAAGAUGCCGCCGCCGUGAAGGCUUUGGCCCAGUUCCCUCACCCCAAGAACCUCCUCACCAAGGUGGUCCAGGUCGCGACCUCCAGGGCCUCUCCCCGGGACUUCGUACGCUAUCAGUGCGACGGAGGAGCAAUCAAAACGUGCCAGCUGACCCUGACGUGGCCGGAGCCGUUAACGUUCGUGGCGAGAGGCCUCCGCCGGGCGGAAGCGGAGAAUAAAGCGGCUGCCUUGGCCUGCCAGAAGCUGAAGGCUCUCGGACUGGUGGAUACAAACAACAAGCCGCUCACUCAUGCCAGAUACAACAUGGCGUACGUCCAGGAGGUCCGCAAGCAGCACCGCCAGCCCACCAGGUUCAGCGUUCCUGAGCCCAUCCUCCGGAGGAUCGAGGAUUAUCUGUGCCGGUACCCCCUAGAUGAUUCAGAGUCACCCCAAAAAGAUGAAGACCUUCCCGAGACGUCCGACUCGUCAGCCGACCCGGCCGGGUCUUCCCGCGGCUUCUGUGAUCCCAUCACGGGGCGGCCGUUCGCUCCGCUGAGCGAGGAGGAGGAGUCUCGCGUCAGUCACUCCCUGGAGGAGCGCUGGAAGGAGAGGCGGGAGAUGGAGCUCAAGUAUCUGCCGGCGGACUCCCAAGUUGAAGCCAUUGUGUCCGCCAUUGACAGUAACCCUGUUGUCGUCAUUGCCGGGGAUACGGGAUGCGGGAAGACCACCCGUAUCCCCCAGUACUUACUGGAAGACGCCAUACUGCGGGGGCAGGGCGCCCAGUGUAACAUGAUAAUCACCCAGCCCCGCCGGAUCAGCGCCAUGUCCGUGGCUCACCGUGUGGGUUAUGAGUUGGGGCCUGGCUUGCGUAGAAACGUGGGCUACCAAGUAAGACUGGAGAGCAUGCUGCCCCCUAGAGGUGGGGCUCUUCUCUUCUGCACCGUGGGUGUCCUCCUCAAGAAGCUGCAGAGUAACCCCGGCCUGCAAGGCGUGAGCCACGUAGUCGUCGACGAGGUCCACGAGAGGGACGUCAACACGGACUUCCUUCUAAUCCUGCUGAAGAGGGCGCGCCGACUAAACCCGCAGCUGAAGGUGGUGCUGAUGAGCGCCACGGGCGACAAUCAACGCAUCUCCAAAUACUUCGGCGACUGCCCCAUCGUCAGGGUCCCCGGCUUCAUGUACCCCGUCAAGGAGCAUUACCUGGAGGACGUCAUGGCCAUGCUGGGCGAGCGCGACUACCGGCCACCGCAGGAGUCGGCCGAUUGCGUCCCGGACUUGGAUUUAAUCAGCCGAGUGAUUCUUCACAUCGCCGAAAACGGAGCCCCGGGUGGGAUCCUCUGCUUCCUCCCUGGCUGGCAGGAGAUCCGCGGCGUCCAGCAGAGACUGGAGGAGAGUCCGGCUUUUCACAAGGACGAGCGCCUCGUGUUACCAGUUCAUUCCAACAUUCCGAUGAUGGAUCAGCAGAGCAUCUUCCAGCGGCCGCCGCCGGGAGUCCGCAAGAUAGUCCUGGCCACCAACAUCGCAGAGACCUCGGUCACCAUCGAUGACAUCGUCCACGUGGUGGACAGCGGGAUGCACAAGGAGCAGCGAUACGACCUCAAGACAAAGGUUUCCUGCCUGGAGACCUCCUGGGUGUCCAUGUCCAACGUGACUCAGAGGCGCGGCCGCGCAGGCCGAUGCCAGCCCGGCUCCUCUUACCACCUCUUCAGCCGCCAGCAGCACCAGGCGAUGCCCCGGUUCCAGGAGCCGGAGAUCCUGCGGACCCCCCUGGAGAAUCUGGUGCUCCAGGCCAAGAUCCACGUCCCGGAAAUGACGGCUGUGGAGUUCUUGUCGCAAGCUCUGGAAAGUCCUGAUCCUGAAGCGAUCGGCAACGCGGUCCGUCUCCUGCAGGAGAUCAGGGUGAUUGACACCCGGGAGCAGCUGACGUUAUUGGGGCAGCGAGUCGCAGACGUCUCCACCGACCCCAGCCUGGCGAAGGCCAUCGUCUUGGCCUCCAUCUUCCGCUGUCUUCACCCCCUGCUGGUUAUCGCCGCCUGCCUGACCCGAGACCCGUUCCAGGGAGGACUGCAGAACCGGGCCGGGGUGAACAAGGCAAAAGCUGCGCUGAGCGGCGAGAGCUGCAGCGAUCACAUGGCCUUCGUGCAUGCGCUGCGCGGCUGGGAAGAUAAUGCGACGCACAGCAGCGCUGCUUCCAGGGAACAGUUUUUGGAGGCAAACAUGCUGUCCCGGCCGGCCCUGCGAUUCAUCCAAGGUCUCGUCAAGCAGUUUGCGUCCAACGUGUACGAGGCGUCUCUGGUGCCGGAGCCGUCGGCGUGCGCUCACCGGCAGUCCCUCUACAACCAGUUCAGCCACGAGGACGAGCUGGUGAAGGGGGUGCUGCUCGCCGGUCUCUACCCCAACCUCAUCCAGGUCAGACGCGGUCAUGUGACCAACGGCAAGUUCAAGCCAAACAGCCUCUUAUACAAAACAAAAGGAGGGCCGGUGCACCUCCACAAGACCACGAUUAACAGGGGCGUCCAGAGCCUGCGCAGCCCGUGGCUCACGUACUUCCUGGCUAUGAAGUCGGCCGGCGCCGUGUUCGUCCGGGACAGCUCCGCGGUGCAUCCGCUGGCGGUGCUGCUGAUGGCGGACAGCUCUGUCAGCACGACGGAUGACGGGCAGAACGUGGUGGUCUCGUUGUCCGACUCGGAUCUCCUGAAGCUGGAAAGCGACUCUCGCACCGUCGGCCUCCUCAGGGAUCUGCGUCACGCCGUUUCCCGGAUGGUGGAGGAGACGCUCUCUCGAGACCGCCCGUCUCUCUCGCCCGACGCGCAGGAGAGGAACGCGCAGCUGCUGGCCGUGGUGGUGGAUUUACUGAACGGCACCGCGCAUGGCUUCGCCCCCCGGCCGGAGUCUCCGGGCGCCUCGCUGUCUGACGCCGUACCCUGCGGGUGACGCGUCUCUCCAUCCGGUUCUAGAUCUCUCCAGCGACUCUUUAUCCUCGUUCUGCGAUAUUCCGAAUCCGGAACAUCCGAGCAAGAAGCCGGAUCCGUACCCCCCCAUCCCCGAUUCAUUCAGCGGCACGGAGGUCAAACUGCAUCAUAAAUACGGCACUUUCUUGUUUAAUUUAAAGGAAACUUGUCUGUUUAUAUGAAUGGGAGGAUUUGUUUGUUUUGUUUUCAUGCAGAUUCGGGGGUCCUGAUUGUAAAUUUCUGCAGAAUUCAGAAUUUUCGUUUAUAAAUUAUUUUCUUCUGUAGCCGAA